AUGUUGAGUGGGGUGGCCGAAGAAAUUCCUGAAAUCUUGCAGAUCAAGCGCUGGGGCCAUGAGGAUGUACGAAACGGCAUUGUUCGGGUCGAGAACGAUAGCCCGAUCGUCUUGGGAUAUUUCUAUAGCUUCAGGUGGCUCAGGUCGGCUGAUUUCUCGCCAUUCUUGAAGGCGAUGAGAUCGGCAGAGACGCUGCUCACAAGCAGGGCUGUCGUCGCGUCAUUAAGACUCCGCCGACGACCGUUCCUGAGACGAGUUCCCAGACGCAGCCGCAGCCGGAACAGAUCAUCUCCAAGAUGCUCGACAGAUUACCGCCACCAGUCGUUGCUGCCUUCGGACGAGCCAAAUGAAUCACUGCCGCUCAAAAGCGGGGACGCCAUUCGUCUCGAAUUUAACAGAAAACAAAAAAAGAAAAAGAGGAAACAAAGAAAGAACGAAGAACACGGCAGAACAAAGAACAGAGUUCGGCCAAGGCGCUUGCUUCAUCUCCGAGCAGCACGGCACUCACAAACUGUGUAUCAAUCAUCGCGCUGUGAAACCAAACUUGAAGUCAUGGUCUACAUUGAAUCCUGGGACGAUUUCGUUGAAAAGUCCGUCCAGCUGUUUCGUUCCGAUCCAGAAAAGACUCGUUAUUCCAUGAAAUACAGGCAUUGCGACGGCAAAUUGGUGCUAAAAGUCACCGAUGAUAAAGAGUGUAUCAAAUUUAAGACCGACCAGGCUCAGGAUGCGAAAAAGAUGGAGAAGUUCAAUAACAUCUUCUUUACUCUGAUGGCUCGUGGACCUGACGUCGAUAUAUCUGAAGUUGGUGGGAAAGAACAAAUAGAUGCACAGCCAGCCAAGAAAGGAAGGGGAAGGAAGCAAUAGUGUUUUUCGUUUUAAUCAAUUAUUCGGACAAGUGUUGAUCCACACAACAAAUAGUCGUGAGAACAGUUUAACAAAACAUUGGUUUUAAAUCAGUGGAUUUUGGUUUUAAAUGGUGCUAACAUGUGACCUUGGUGCUAAAUUGUUUUGGUCAUAUUGUGCUUUACUGGUGGUAUUUUGAUCUAAGACUGACCUGGAGACUGGAGUUCAGCUUUGUGGCCAAAAGGCUUCACUUAUAUUUGAAAAAUUACUGGCACUGAGUUGAGAUCUGUGUUUAUCUGAGUUUAGAAUUAAGACACGUGAAUCAUGAUGGCAGUCGAUUUGAUUCUCGUGCACUGAAUAUUGUAAUAAAGUCGAAUUUUGGUAUUAUCACGUCCAGUUUACUUGUUUUACC